GUCCUUCCUCUGCCGUGUCGGUCAGCGUGUGUACUUGUCGGUCAGACCCGUCACUCGUCUCGUCUCCCACGGCUAUAGUCGUCCUCAUGUCUCGCUGUCUCGCCCUGGCUCGGUUCGCCCUCGGUUCCUCGCAAAGAACCGUAAGGCCGUCAAUGACAUGUGCGCGAGGACUGAGCAGCGUAACUGUCACACGCUCCUUCACUGCAGCAGAUUUGCAGGUUGGACAAUAUCAGAGGUGGAGCAGUCGGCCCGGAGUGUUGCGCGCUCAGCGUUCCUGCCUCGGGUUCUGCCAGCAGUCUUACUACAGCACACAGGAGGUUGAGAAAGAGCCAGAGGCUGAGAAAGAGCCAGAGGAGGAACCUCUGCACUCCAUCAUCACUGACUCGGAGUCUGUUCAAGGUAGCUUCUCCAAACAUGAAUUUCAGGCUGAAACAAAAAAGCUGCUGGAUAUUGUUGCCAGGUCCCUGUACUCAGAGAAAGAGGUUUUCAUCAGGGAGCUGAUCUCUAAUGGUAGUGAUGCUUUGGAAAAACUGCGUCACAAAUUAAUCACAGCAGGAGGUGAAACAGCUUCUAUGGAGAUCCACCUGCAGACGGAUACUGGCAAGGGCACCUUCACCAUCCAGGACACUGGAGUGGGGAUGAACCAAGAAGAGCUGGUAGCUAACCUGGGGACUAUCGCCCGCUCUGGUUCAAAGGCAUUUUUGGACGCUCUGCAGAGCCAGGCGGAGGCCAGCAGCUCCAUCAUUGGUCAGUUUGGGGUUGGAUUCUACUCUGCCUUUAUGGUGGCUGACCGUGUGGAUGUUUACUCCCGUUCUGCUGAGCCUGAUGCACCUGGUUACAAGUGGUCCUCAGAUGGCUCCGGAGUGUUUGAGAUUGCUGAAGCCGGUGGUGUUCAACAGGGAACAAAGAUCGUGCUCCACCUCAAGGACGAUUGCAAAGAGUUUUCCUCUGAGGACAGAGUUAAAGAGGUUGUAACAAAGUACAGCAACUUUGUGAGCUUCCCCAUCUUCCUGAAUGGACGGAGGCUCAACACUCUGCAGGCCUUGUGGAUGAUGGAGCCAAAGGGGAUUAGUGAUUGGCAGCAUGAAGAGUUCUACCGCUACAUCGCUCAGGCCUACGACAAGCCCCGCUACACACUGCACUACCGCGCCGAUGCGCCGCUCAAUAUCCGAAGCAUCUUCUAUGUUCCUGAUGCGAAGCCGAGCAUGUUUGAUGUGAGCAGGGAGAUGGGCUCCAGUGUGGCUCUGUACAGCAGGAAGGUCCUGAUCCAGACUAAGUCAUCGGAUAUCCUGCCCAAGUGGCUGCGCUUCCUCCGAGGUGUGGUGGACAGUGAGGACAUCCCUCUGAAUCUGAGCAGAGAGCUGUUGCAAGAGAGCGCCCUCAUAAGGAAGCUCCGUGAUGUUUUACAGCAGAGGGUGAUCCGCUUCCUGCUGGACCAGAGCAAGAAGGAGCCAGAGAAGUACAGCAAGUUCUUUGAGGACUACGGCCUCUUCAUGAGAGAGGGAAUUGUCACCACCCAGGAACAGGAUGUCAAGGAGGAUAUUGCAAAGCUGUUGAGGUUUGAAUCGUCUGCUCUGCCUGCGGGUCAGCACACCAAUCUGAUGGAGUACGCUUCUCGAAUGAAGGCGGGCACACGCAACAUCCACUACCUGUGUGCCCCCAACCGCCAUCUUGCAGAGCAUUCACCCUACUAUGAGGCCAUGAAACAGAAAGACAUGGAGGUGCUGUUCUGCUACGAGCAGUUCGAUGAGCUCACCCUGCUUCACCUCAGGGAAUUCGACAAGAAGAAGCUGAUCUCCGUGGAGACGGACAUUGUGGUGGAUCACUACAAAGAGGAAAAGUUUGAAGACAGCAAACCAGCCUCUGAGCGUCUGACGCAGGAGCAGGCUGAUGAUCUGAUGGCUUGGAUGAGGAACGCUCUGGGUCCCAGAGUCACUAAUAUUAAGCUCACUCCUCGUCUAGACACCCACCCAGCCAUGAUCACCGUGCUAGAAAUGGGCGCUGCACGCCACUUCCUCCGCACACAGCAGCUGGCUCGCACUGCUGAGGAAAGAGCUCAGAUACUGCAGCCAACGCUGGAGAUCAAUGCCGGACACGAUCUGAUCAAGAAGAUGCACGCACUGAAAGACACAAACUCUGAACUGGCUGGACUUCUACUGGAGCAGAUCUAUGACAACGCCAUGAUCGCAGCAGGACUGAACGAUGAUCCCAGACCGAUGAUUUCCCGCCUGAAUGAUCUGCUGACUAAAGCGCUGGAGAAGCACUGAGAGACACGAGUAGACGGACUGAAACAUUUACACCCAGUGAAGGGCCUGUACUACAGGCCUCAUCUAUCUCUUCCCCCUCUGCUGUACUUCGUUCCUCAAGUAGAGAGCACAUAAACACUGAAGAGAGUUUGAGAGAGAGAGAGAGAGCGGCAUCCAAGAAAGCUUUUCCAUGAACAGUUCCAUGUUGCAACCCUCUACUUUUUUCUUUUAUAACUGCAUCUUUAGGGAGUUUCAAAGUUUGGUUACACAAAUCUCAUCAGACCGUGCUGGCCAGACCGUAUUAUUCCUUUUUAGUGUGACUUUCACUUCAUGCAUCGAUGUGUGAAGAAAGAUGAUUCUCAUUUCGUUUUCACAUUAAACUUGAUGACAUUCA